AAUCCUCUCCCAAAUCCUCACCUCUCCCCAUCUCUCCUCUCUCUCCUCUUACAACUCCCUCAUCAAAUCCCUCUGCAACGAAUCCCUCAACAAGCCCGUUUCCCUCUACACCCACAUGCUGGCCUCUCGGCUUCUCCCCGAUCACCUCACCUUCCCUUUCCUCCUCAAAUCCUGCUCCCUUCACCAUGCCCACGUCACCGGCCGAGCCCUUCACUCUCACAUUUUCAGGCUGGGCUUUGUUGCAGACGUCUAUAUCAACAACUCUCUUGUGUUUAUGUACUCUGCUUGUGGUCAGGUUGAGCUUGCGCGGAGGGUGUUCGAAGAAAUGCCCGAAAGAGAUGUCAUUUCGGAGAACUCGAUGCUGGGUGGGUACUUGAAGUGUGGGGAUCUGGAUGAUGCACUGGUUUUUUUUCGGGGGAUGGAGAUGAGGAAUGUGAGGACCUGGAAUUCUAUUAUUGCAGGGUUUGUUAGGGGAGGGAGGUGUGGAGAGGCCUUGGAUUUGUUUAAUGAGAUGCGUGGAGGGUUUGUGAAACCCGAUAAGAUUACAGUUGCGAGUGUUGUUUCGGCUUGUGCUUCGCUUGGAGCAUUGGAUAUGGGGAAAUGGGUUCAUGGGUACUUGAGAAGGGAAAGGCUGGAGUUUGAUUUGGUGAUAGGGACAUCUUUAAUUGAUAUGUAUGGGAAAUGUGGGUCUAUAGAGAGGGCAUUUGAGGUUUUUAGGGAAAUGCCUAAGAGGGAUGUUCAAGCUUGGACUGUGAUGAUUUCAGUUCUUGCUAUCCAUGGCCGUGGAGAAGAAGCUUUCGUUCUAUUGGAAGAAAUGGAGAAGACUGGUAUGAGGCCCAAUAAUGUGACGUUUGGAGCUCUAUUGAGUGCUUGUGCUCACUCUGGCACGGUUGAUAAAGGACGGUGGUGCUUUGAUGUGAUGAGAAGAGUUUACUCAAUUGAGCCCCAAUUGCAGCACUAUGCAUGCAUGGUUGAUUUGCUUGGUCGAGCUGGCCUUUUUGAAGAGGCCGAAAUGCUUAUUGCAUCUAUGCCAAUGAAGCCUGACGUGUUCGUUUGGGGAGCAUUGCUGGGUGCCUGUAGGAUGCAUGGAAAUGUUGAAUUGGGGGAAAAAAUUGCUGGAUGUCUUAUUUCAAUGGAUCCUCUCAAUCAUGCUUACUUUAUUAUUCUAUCCGACAUUUAUGCGAAUGCUAAAAGAUUUGAGGAUGUCAAAAGAAUCCGUGAUUUUAUGGAGGAUCAGGGCAUCAUGAAGACAUCACCUGGACAUAGCUUGAUUGAAAUUGAUGGCCAAGUGUAUGAAUUUUCCAGAAGAAGCGUAAAGGAGGAGUUAAUGAAGGAAAUAGAGUGGGUUUUGAUCGGGAUUAAUGUUGAACUAAUGUGGACUGGUUAUGUGCCAGAUGACGAUAUGGAACUGUUUCUGACCGCAUAAAAAUUAUUGAUAACAUUAACCAUUUGCUUCUGAUGUUGACUUGCUCCCUCUCUGUUAUUUGAUAAAGGGUUCUUUGUGAUGAA